GCCUACAAUGGUAACAUGAUUAAUCAUUCUGAAUAUCGUGUUCAUUUAAAAACUGAUCGUUGAUAAAAAAAAAAAAAAUCUUAUCUAAUGAACUCUUGAAACAUGCUAGGACUAGGAGGUGCCACUGACUGCUCACAAACUAAGAGGUCGCAGGUUUGAUCCUUGGGAAUUUCCAGUCUUGUUUCUCACUUAAAUAAGUCGCUCCUAAUAUUCGUGUCAUGAGAUGUCAAGUCAUUUUUUCCUGCACAGAUUUGUCUUUUUUGAUGGUAUUUUUUUAAUAAACUACAUUCCUGGUACAAAGUUCAAAAUGUCAGGUAGAUUACCAGUUCCUUAGCCUGAAUUAGUGAGACAUUUUGUCAGUUAGAAUUAUUUAUACUUAUACUGUCUCAAACUGUCAACAACAUAAUUAGCCUACACAGUCACAGUGAGCACACAUCGUGUAGGCUAUCUGGAAAAUGUUCAUGUGCCUGCGACUAAUUAAGAAACCUCAUCUCUUGAUCCUGCAUCAGUGUAAAUCAACGUUUUGAUAAAUGAAGCCUAGAAGAAUAAAAAAAAACAUGAAUGUUCUAGGAUUUAUAUCUAAUUAAUUAUAUAAAUUAUAAUCUACUAUUUUAUUAAUUUUAAACAGACAUUGCCUGGAGGCUGAUUCAAUUUCAAAUAAAUCAAAAUUAAUUAUUUGAUGUCCAGGGCCAUUUUCAUGUCCCUAACACUGGAAUUUAAUUUGUCAGUAGCCUUGAUACACGGUUGUCAAAGCAAGUAUCGGGGUGGGGGCAUAGGACAUUCUAAAACAUAUCUUUUCCUUCUUUCUCAUUAAAAAUCAGAUCAUGCCAAAAAGCAGACGAUUGUUUGGUGGCUGGUCAAAUAAGGGGAAGUAACUCUGCCGAACCAAACAUUUAUACACUUCCGCUGUUGUGAUUCAUCAGUGAAACGAAAAAUAGGAACACCUUAAGUUGUUGAUAUUCGAUAUUCAGUGUCUGUAUUUAAAAUCUUCAACAUCAGGAAGCCUUGCUAAAAAUGGCCCAAGAGGUAGAAGUGCGAACUUGCCGUCCAAUAAAGCAUUUUGCUGUUGUUUUUGAUGGUAUAGCAUUAUUGUUGAUUAUUAUAGCUGUAUCAGCUUCUAAUUGGGUAGAUGUUCGAUUUCAUAACAGUGAGGGCUAUAUAGCCUGGGGAUUGUGGCAGGACUGUUAUGAUGUUGCUGGUUCAACUGUAGUUUGUGUUUCCAAGGAUUGGAUGUCAGCAUGUGGAGCUUUUAUUAUUAUAGCUCUGAUAGCAUGUAUUGGUGCUAUACCUCUAGGUAUAUUUGGCAUCUGUACUAAAACUAGAUUAUGGUACAUCAUUGCUGGUAUAUUGAAUGUUGCUGCAGCUGUAUGUGAUUUCAUUGCCUUAGUGAUUUAUCCAUCAAAAUUCUCUGAGGAAAUACAGGACAAACAUUCUGCUGGUUGGAAUUUUGACUGGACAUAUGGUAUUGCAUGGGGUGGUUUAUUCUUCAUGGUUGGAGCUGCCGUCUUAUUUUUCUUAAAGAUGAAAGAAGAUACAGUGGUUCAGAGAAGUGCAAAUUAUAAUCCAUCCCAUCAUCAAGGGAAAAUUCAACAGAGAAAUAGAAAUAGAGAAUUUUAUUAGGAUUAAUUAGUAAAUAUGUUGUUAUUAGAUAUUAUUUGAUAUUAAGAAUAAUAAAUUAUCUUUUAAAGAUAUGAUGAUAGACUGGGAUUUAUAAAAUGGAUCUGAUAAAACAGGCCUGGAAAUAAUGAUGCUUGUUGUACCUGGGGGGGAUUUGGUGUCCAAAUUAUUAACACAUGUGUGUUAGAUCUGUCAUUGAUUCAACUUGCGUGGUUUUGAUUCCCCACUUUUAUUGAAAUAAAAUUGAACCAUAGGUUUGUCCUGAAAUGACCUAGUUUGUGUCGAGGGGACAAUAAACCCCAUUUCUCUCUCACUCUUUGUCAGGCAUGAACUAGGACCUGAUAUUUUGAGCUUUGUGCUGGACAUGUAUUAAACAUAUUAAAAACAUUAAUAAAAGAUCAAUGUGUACCUGACAAAAUGACAGGCACCAGAGGCAUUGUGUCUGACAAAAUUGGAGUUGUAUCUAACAAUGUCUGUGAUAGAUGCCAUAUUUCCAGGCUUGGUGUAGACAUCUCUUUAUUAGUUUUAAUUGAUGUAUAUAUUAUAUAUAUAUUUACAAUAAUUUACAUUUAUUCCUUUAUAUUUAAUACUUUGUGCCUGUCAUGUAUAAAUGACAUUAGUCUAUACAAUUAUGUCUACAUGUUGACAUUUUACUCAUUUUUGUCUACCAUAUUUAUUCUGAAAUGUGUCAUUUAUUAAGGGGGCCACAGUUGUUCAGUGAGUAAAGCUUGGUUCACUAAAAAAGAAGAAAAGUGGACAGAAGUGUUUAGUUUCUGUACAGACCAAAUUUCCCUCAUAGAACGCUGCCCGUAUGCCCAUCUUCAUCAGCCCGUUUGGUGCAGAAAAGUAGGAAGUCAAACCUCAUUUCAUUCUUUUUGUCAACCAUGAAGAUGAAACUACAGUAAUACAUGCUGGGCAACACAAUUAGCAAUCAAAGCAAAUUGAUUAUUUAAUUGAGAAUAGAAAAUUUGUUUGCAGCUUGGAGCAAUAAACUAUCUAAGAUAGUUUGUCUUAUUCAGUUGCCGUCCUACACAACUUGUCUUUACAAUAAAAUAAUGGGAAUUUUAAGUGCCAUUUAUACAACAUAAUUGUAUACAUCUAUAUUUCGAUGCAUCAUAGUUACAUUAUAGUUAUAAAUAUAUUUACUAAAGGAAAUUUAUGUGGUCCAACUGCUUUAGUCAUACCUCACGUUAUUAUUUGAAUACAAUGAUCAUUUAUUUAAUGUAAAAAUAUAUACAUGUUAUGUUAAUAGUACAGAAAAACGUGUACUGUUUCGAAUAUUGUGAAAAGCAACUUAAAAAUAAUCUUUUCUUUAGUAAUUUUAUCUCAUAAUUAUUGUGGAUGUAUAUUGGAUUCACCUGUGUCUGUUGUCUGUUAGUCCAACUUUUAUGGUUAACACUCUACUCGAUAUAAGGGGGUUGGAUGGCCGAAUGGUUAGCAUGUGCGCGCUGUAUCAUACGGUCCGUCAUUGAGUCAACUGUACGUGACAAGGAGUAGGGUCGCCUGUCCAACCUCGUGGGUUUUCUCUGGGUCCUCCGGUUUCCUCCCACUGCUAAAGACCGCUACGCGCAAGCAAAUUAUUGAAAUAAAAUUGAACCAUGUGUUAGUCCCGAAAUGACUAGUUUGUGUCGAGUGGACGUUAAACCCCAUUUCUCUCUCUAUCUCUCUCUCUACUCGAAAUAAAGAAACCUAUCAAAAUUUAAAAAAUUGUCACAAAGUUCUGAGUUAAAUUCACAUUUAUAUUCUGUGAACACAAUUCAGAAUAAAAUUAUCCAUGGAAUUGUUUAACACUUGUUGGUUUUAUUCAUUAGGCCCAAUGUAUGAACCCAUCAGAAUUUAUCAUGUUUUUAAUUUCUAAGCUUAGUCUGUCUUCAUUAGCUUAGUCGGAGCAGAUCAGUGGGAUGUUAAACCCCAUUUCAUUUCAUUUCUAAGCUUAGUACAGAGUUCAUAAUACAUUUUUAAAACUGACAAUGAUUCUAGAUUUAGUGUGGAUGACAAUGCUGGUGGUGGACAUUCAGUGUGCCUGACAAGUCCCCUUCUAUGGUCUAGUAAAUUAAGGCACAUUUAUAUGUCUAUAGCUAUACAUAAAUUCAUUAUUAUUGUUAUUAUACUUGUCUUCAUGUGUAAAUACACUCUUUUUACUAACUUUAUAUAAUAUUUACAAUGACGAAAGAUCUGAUUUCUUAAGAUAAUGUUAUUUAAAGCAAAUAAAAUAUAGCAUUUUGUUGUAUUGGCAUCGUAUUCAAGCUGUAUAUAUUUUGCCCAUUAUAAACAAAACUUUGUCUCAGAUUACAUUACGAGUUAUAAUUCAUAGUAUUUACAUUUAUAUCCAUAUCCUAAAAGGCGCUAUGUUGAUCUUAAAACUCAACUCUGUCGACAUACUAACACAACUCUGUCUGCUGUCGACAUAUAUACCCAACUCAACUUUGUCGAUGUACCCAACUCAAGUCAGAACGAGUGAAAGUUUGGUUAUAAGAGUUUGAGAGGAUUGCGUUCAGUUGAGUUGGGUUGGGUUGGGUUGAGUUUAAAGUUGGCAUUUGGCCACCUUAUUAUAUAUUUACUUACCCUCUCAGUUUCUUCUGACAAAUCCACUGAUUAACCUAACGAUAGUUAAUCCCUGUUUUAAGAAGGAAUUAUGGUAAUUUUUGUAUAUUUUAUAAUAUGUUUACCUAUUUGAUUGUGUUUACAGUCUUUCUGUAGCAAUAGUUUUAUUAUUGUUAAGCGUUUCCAUAUCAUAUAAAUUAUACAUGAUGUUACAUUGUUUAUAUGUUUUAUCCAAUCUCUGUUGGUUGUUGGUUUUCACAUAUCAUAUUCAAUAUGUGCCGUCCUUGUUCUGAUUGUUCGAGGACAAAACAAGGAUAUCUUCAGUCUAAUUAAACUUAUACUGACAUUUUGUUCCACUCUGACAUGCAUGUAAAAAAAAAUUUUGCAGUUUGAAUUUGAAAGAAGUCUAGGCAGAAAUGCCACUGUCCAGGUAAAUUUAUUUGAUCUGACAUUGUACACCUAACCAUUGAUAUGAAAGUUACGAAAUGUUUAACUCAAAACGACAGGAUUAUUGUAUUGACAAUAUGUUAAACCCCAAUCAAUUGGUUCUAUUUCAUCUUGUUGCUGAUUGAUUUCAAUUACUGGUAAUUAGUUAUAAAACAAGAUUAAUUAUCUUUGUGAAUCUAGAGUGAAACGUAAAGGAACAUAUUUAUACUGCACAAGAGCUUUAGUCAACAUUUUUUCUCAAUAUAUUACCGAUAUGAGACCUUUAAAAAAACUGAAAAUACAGAUAAGAUUUGAUUUAAACUACAUGUAAUUAUAAACAAGAUUAUCUUCUGGAAACUUCAUGAAUCUAGAGCGAGACGUAAAGUAACAUAUUUAUAAUACACAAGAGCUUUAGUCAAAAUAUCACUGGUAUGAGAUCUUUAAAUAACUGAAAAUACAGAUUAUACUACCACGCACAUGUAUUUCUAUAAAAUCAUCACAUAACUGUCAUCUUGUGUAAUUAAUAUACGAUUUACAAAAUGCCCAUACCAUUUGAAAUAAUGUUAAGCUUACAACAAAGGAUGGUGUAACAUCUGUGUUGUAAUCUGUACUAUGAUACUAUGUAUGUACAAAUAUGUUUAGAUUUGUUGUGAGCGAACUACAUAUAAAUACACCAUUAUCAUAUGUAAAAUUUAUGAAUAUUGAAGCAAUAACUAACAGCUAGCAUUGCAAUAACUAACAGCUAGCAUUACUAUUUAUUAACUGUUGUUACAAACUAGAUAUUUAACAUGGACAUAUUUUUGAAUAUCUCAUGCUUUUGGCUAGAUGUCUCUGAUUUCAUUUUAUGUAAUUAUUUCACAGAACUAUCCUAAAUAAACUUGAAAAAUUACAGAGAUGAACACUAAAUAUUUAUGCCAGUUCAGAGUGUACAUGUAUUGUUGAAAUGGCUAUAAAAGAAAAUAAGAGGACACUAGUUAUAAUUGUGAAGAAAUGUUGACUGAUUGCAUUUUAUUUGGUGAUUUCACAAAGCCAUUUAAAAAAAAACCCUCCUGGUUUAACUGUGAAGAAAUGUUGCAUUUUAUUUGGUGAUUUUACAAAGCCAUUUAAAAAAACCCCCAAAAGAUUACAGAGUUGAAUGUUAAUUUUUACAAAUUUAUGCCAGUUCGGGUCUUCAGUGUGUUUCUGUUAACUGACGAUUAAAAGCAACUAAGAAGCAUCUAGUUAUUUCUGUGAAGAAAUGCUGACAAAAAUUAUUUUUUUCACAGAGACAUUUAAUUUAAAUCAUGAAAUAUUUAGAAGCUAAUUUUGAUUACCAGCAUUUACAAUUUAUGCAUAAUAUAAAUACACAAGAUCAAAGGAUAUAAUUUUAUUCUUUUCAUAUAUCAUGUUUUAAUUGCAUGUUUUGCUGUGUUAAUGCAAAUAAGAUAUCCAUGUAUAUAUUAUAUUUUUAUAUUUAUAAAAGAUAAGCAAGCAUUUUCUUAAAAUCAUUGUAUUCACUUACACUGUACUUAAUCUCCUCGUUAUAUAUUUAUCAUGUAAAAUUAAAGUCAAUGGUGGCGCCAGGAUUCUCCACUCUCCAGUAUGGCAGGGUGUUCGCAGGGGCCUCCCCCAGAAAUAUUUUGAAAAAAACCCAAAAACAUGGUGAUAUACGCAAUUUGUUCCAUGUCUUGAUGAGGAACAAAAUCAACAGAAAUAAUUGCAUCUUAGUAUUGAUUAGAAAGGUGGAAAAUUGAUUCUUGGAGCUUUAAAUGACAAAACACAAAUCCUCUAUCAGAAAUAAGUGUCCCUCCACUGACAGGAACAGUUUACAAACAUGAAUUAAUGUUUAUUUCUUCAAUUGUUAUUGGUCAUUUUGUGCUGCAUUGUCUUUUAAGUAGAGACUAAGCGGCCAUAGGAAGGUUAUGCUAUUUGUUUACAAUUAGCUCCGCUUGAGAACUUUAGACUGACACUUUAAUUUCUAAAUCGACGAUUUUAGUCGAAAAUGCUGAGUAUACUUCAUGAAUUUUUGAAAAGUAUUUAUUCUGCUUCCAUUUAAUAAAAUUGAAAUUUUUUAUUUAGUCUUUGUGUACAUGAAAGAUGUUUAACAGAUUAGAACCCCAUUACAAAAUAGAAUACUAAUUUUUGAAUAAAUUGUUUCAAUGGUAUUUAGUAAUUGAACUGGAAUAUACAGGUCACAAAUUCUAUGGAAUACAAUUACUGCUUAUUACUGAGCGAUGUUUUGACUACUAGUCGAAACGCUCAGUAAUAAGCAAUAAUUGUAUUCCAUUGAACUGGAAUAUACAGGUCACAAAUUCUAUGGAAUACAAUUACUGCUUAUUACUGAGCGAUGUUUUGACUACUAGUCGAAACGCUCAGUAAUAAGCAAUAAUUGUAUUCCAUAGAAUUUGUGACCUGUAUAAUUUUUGAAUAUGACCAGCCAUUCUAGACAGAGUUCUAUUUUCAAAGUAGAUAGUUCUCUGUGUGUAAAAUGACACAGAUGCUUGCCAGAUAAUUUUUUUAAAACUGCCACUUAUUCUUUUACUAAGUUCUUGUACAUAUAAGUACCAGCAGAGCUUUAUUAAGUUUUACUUCUCUUGAAAAUAUAAAUUCAUAUAACUUUUUUUUUUAUGACACCUUCUGUAGACCUGAAAUUUUUACACAUUUUUAUUCGGUUGUGAAAUGAUUUAAUGUUAGUGAAACUUUUUAUUGGAAUGUUGCCAUUUUUUCUGUUUAGUGUUUGUGUACAUUCCAGUGAAUUAAUAAUUGAAGAUUAGAAUUAUACCCUCCAUUAAAAUACUUGUAGUUAUUCAUAUUUAUAUUAAAUAAUUGCUUUAUUAAUU